UAGGUUGCCCCUCCUCAACAAAGGUGCUGACCUGCACGCCCAAAUGCAAACAAGACACCGAUUGCAGUGCCAUUGGUGGCAAGUGUUGCCCGAAUUUGUGCAAUGAGCGUUCUUGCAUACAACGGAAUCAAUUGGAUUUGGGCAGUUCAUCUUCUGGUGGCGAUAAAUAUUCGAGUUCCAGCUCUAGCGCCUACUGCGGCAACAUCAAAUGCAACCCUCAGGAGAAAU